AUGGCCUCCCACCGCAUCGGCGCGCGCGUCGCGGGCCUCUCGCCAGAGCAGCUGUGCGCCAUCAUCGAGGCGCAGGCGGGCGCGAGCGACGCCGCGCUGCGCGUGGCGGAGGAGCACGCCGCACGGCUCGUGGAGCAGCCCGAGUGGGUGCUCUCCGAGGUCCUCCUCUCGCCGGACCUCGCCCCGCACAUCCUCGCCCAGCUGCCGACCAAGAAGCACGCCGCCAAGGGGACGUGCCGCGCGUGGCGCCGCGGCUGGAAGGAGACGCUGAAGAAGCGCGAGAGGCCGCGCCUGCACACGCGCGCCGGCCUGGGGGACUCGCUUGCGAUCCCGUUCCAGCCAGAGGCCGCGUGA